ACACCCUCAUUCUCAGAGGACACACACACAGACCUCCUCUCACACACGCACUCACAGCUGUUUAUACCCCUCACUCUGAUGAACAGUGGGGCUGUCGGAGAGAGGAGCCUGCCGAACUCUGGGAGAAUCCAGUGUUAGUCAGUAGCCCCACCAGAGAGCAUCUGGAUGGAAAAUCUGGACGGACAAAUGAAGUGACCCGUGUUUUUCUGAUCGACUACCCGGCUCUCAGUCUCUUGUUAUCCCGCUCUUCCCCUUUUACCCGUCCGUCCCGGCUUCUCUAUUGGAAUCGAGUACAGACACGGGAGCAGCAGCAGCAGAGUGAAAAUAGAGACAUGAGUUUUGCUUCUGCCGUCUACUACUACUGCCUGUUUUCUCCCAUUCACUGACUGAGGAGUGAAUAUAAGGUAAGAGGGUCAAAGCAGCAGCCAUAGAGCAAAGCAGCAAGGUGAAGCAGGCAUGAGUGCGGACAGCCAUCAGGGGGUGGUGACCACUCCUCCACCACCAGGUGGGGGGACGAAGGAGCGCUAUUUCGACCGAGUCAAUGUCAAUGAUCCGGAGUACAUCAGAGCCAGAAAAAUGUCGCCAGAUCUCCGGCAGGACUUUAAUGUUCUGGAGCAGAAGAAACGUGUCACCCAAAUACUACAGAGUCCAGCUUUCAAAGAGGAGUUGGAGUGUCUGAUCCAGGAGCAGCAGCGAAAGGGGAACAACCCGACCGGACUGCUGGCCCUCAGGCAGAUCGCAGACUUCUUCAUGGCCAGCUCAGUGGCCGGUUUCAACACUUCCCCUCACAGUCUGGGGAUGGUGACUCCCAUAAAUGACUUGUACGGAGUGGAAUCCUCCUCUCUGGUGAAAGGCGAGAAGCUGACACGCUGUAAACUGGCCAGCCUCUACAGACUGGUGGACCUGUUCAGCUGGGCCCACUUCUCCAACUCCUACAUCACAGGUCGAGUGAGUAAAGAACAAGAUCACAUACUCAUCAUCCCCAGAGGGCUGUCAUUCGCAGAAGCUUCUGCAUCAAACCUGGUGAAGGUGAACAUCAUUGGGGACGUGAUUGAGCAGGGCUCCACCAACCUGCGGAUUGACUCGGCGGGUUUCAGUCCACAUGCUGCCAUCUACUCAAUGCGUCCGGACAUCCGCUGCAUCAUACAUGUGCACACUCCUGCCACAGCAGCUGUGUCAUCUAUGAAGUAUGGCAUCCUACCCAUCUCCCAGGAGGCGUUGAUCUUGGGAGAUAUCGCUUACUACAACUACCAAGGCAGCCUGGAUGACCAGGAGGAACGCAGAGAGCUGCAGAAAGCCCUCGGUCCAACAGCAAAGAUUUUGGUAUUGAGAAAUCACGGCGUGGUCGCUCUCGGGGAGACAAUCGAAGAGGCCUUCCACUACAUCUACAAUGCCCAGUAUGCCUGCGAAAUCCAGGUGAAUGCCAUCUCAUGUGCUGGAGGAGUUGACAACCUCAUAGUGCUGGACCCGGAGAAGUACAAGUCUCGAGUGUUUGCCGUGGCUACAGCGGCGGCCGUCAACAUGGCCGGGCAGUACAAGUGGAAGAUUGGAGAGCUGGAGUUUGAGUCUCUGAUGAGGAUGCUGGAUAAUCUGGGCUACAGGACAGGUUAUGCUUACCGACACCCCAUCAUUCGGGAGAAGCCGAGGCACAAGAGUGAAGUGGAGAUCCCCGCCACCGUCACGGCGUUCACGUUUGAGGAGGACGUAGACGCCACGCGGCUGCCCUUCAAGUUCCUUCAGCAGCGGCAGCAGAGGGAGAAGACGCGCUGGCUCAACUCCCCCAACAGCUACACCAAGGUCAGCGUGGAGGCCGGAGAGGAGCGCUGCAACAGUCGGACAACCACGUGGAUGAGGGCGGAUGAAACAGGAACUCCGAUCCGGAUUGAAGACCCAAAUCAGUUCGUCCCUCUAAACACAGACCCCACUGAGGUGCAGCAGAAAAGGAACAAGAUCAGAGAGCAGAACCGGUUAGAUGUGAUGACAUCAGGCCCGCGGUCUCAGCACCUUGCCGGCAUUCCUGUUGAUCAACCACGACAGGAACUGGGGCAAAUAAGAGUGCUGCCAUACGUGCCCACAGAGGAUGAGCAUAUGGCUCCUCUUCCUCCCAACCCAUUCAGCGAGCUGUUGGAAAAGGAGUACCACAAAAACGUGGAGAGAAGGCAACUUGGCCUCAGCGAUGGCGAGCACGAGCUAACCUCCGACGACGGCUCCACUCUCUCUCAGUCUCUAUCUGUCACCCAGUCCCCGCAAAGCACUCCGGCUAAAGAAGAGAACCACACGGGCCUGAUGAACGGCAAGGAUAACCAUGACGAGGAGCUGUCCAAGCGCAUAAGUCAGCUGACCACCAGCGCAGAGAGCGUGGAGAUCACUGUGCGCUCCAGCGAGAAGAUCGAAGAGGUGCUGUCCCCCGAGAGCUCCCCCUCCAAGUCACCCAACACCAAGAAGAAGAAGAAGUUCCGCACGCCGUCCUUCCUGAAGAAGAACAAAAAGAAAGAGAAGAUGGAGGCCUGAGAGAGCGAGUAGGCGGCGGACAGCUGGAGAAGUCUGGAGCAGUGCCCGCGUAAAGAGAAAAGAGGGGCCGAAUCCCCUUUCUUUCUGUUGUUUUUGUCUGUCCCUUUAUGUUUUUGUUUUUAAUUAUAUUUGAUUUUUUUAACAAGAGGUUUUAUGUACAAAAGGCAGAAGAAAGAUUUAACAAAAUCAUCAAAAAAACAAGUUUGGAAUAAAAAGACAAAGUAAUUUUGCAAAGAAAGAAUGUUUGUGAAACUUCGGGGUAGGUGGGUGUAUGGGCCCACUGAUUAAAGCCGCAGCAGAUGGGAGCGAUAAGAAAAGGGCUGGCGUUGGUGUUUCUACAUACCUGAUAACUCUUGCAGUACUCUAACACGGCUCCUUGGAAGUGUCACUUAGAUCCUGAAUAACUGGCUCCUCUCCCUUUUUUUUUUUUACCUUGACUUGAAACUAAACUGGAAGCCUCUUUGUCUGUGUUUUGCUUCAUAUAGUCCUUUGCAUUCCCCCUUUGAAUUUUCCCGCUUUGUCUGCACAGGAAACAGAGAGGCCACAUAAGAUAUUACAUCACACUGGAAAACUAGUUUUGGGAAUAAAAACAGCAGGAAGCUUUGAGCUGAUAUAUUUACUGUGGCUCCUAAAUUGCUCUGCAUGGAGGGCUUUCUCCUCCAAAGAUUGUGGUUGAACUAUAGAUACGGUUAAAGGUUGCUAGAGUACAUAGUGAGGAGGAAGGCUGACUGUUUCAAAUGACAUCAUCUCAUAUUUAUGAAGCAUUUUUUACAUGGUGUCCUCUUCAUCUCUCUUCACUGUUGUUUUUGUUUGCCAAAAUGACUGGGAGAAAAUCAUUUUAGGAGAGCGUCUCUGUUUGUUUCUCAUGAAAUAUGAUCGUUUUUACUGAAUGCAGUUUUAUAUCAAUCAACACCGUCUUGCACGAGGCAUGGGCCAGUUACUGACUCAAAGGUUAUACCGGUGCAUCUCAGUAUAUUAGAAUAUUGUUGAAAGUUCAUUUAUUUUAGUAACUUAGUUCACUAUAUGAAACACAAUAUAUAGAUUAAUUACACACAGAGUAAUGUUUUAAAGACUUUAUUUCUGUUAAUUAUAAUGAUUUUCCGCUUACAGCUAAUGAAAAACGCAACAUUUAAGAUUAAAAUAUUAUAUCAGACCAAUAAAAAAGUAUUUUUAAUACAGAAAUGUGGGUCUAAUGAGAAGUAUGUGUAGUACAUUCUUAAAGGUUGUUAUUGCAAAAGGUAUUUUGGUAUUAUCUGACAAAACGAGCAUCAUCAGCAUCAGGAUGUCCUAAUUUAUUCAGUAUAACUAUCAUCUAAAAUCUGGUUGUUUCAGUUAAGAUUAUGCUAAAACAUAUUUUUACCAAUUUACAUUUAUAAUUUCUGUUAAGAGCUAGCCACAUUAAGUCCCCAAAAGUCCCCAAACAGUAAAAUACUAUAACUUACCUGUGGUAAAAAUUAAAAAAGAAACACAACCAUUCCAAAAAUAAUUUCAGAAUACCUUGUGGUAAAUCGAAGAUAAACAAAUGAUCAGGAUG